CCGGAUGAGCAGAGAGGAUGAGGUUGCGUGUUAUUAAAUCGCUAUAUAAGGAAACGACGCCGUAAUAUCGGCUCAUUAGCCAAGAGCGGUUUUUUCCCCGUUAAUCCGUGGCUUUCCGGGUGUUCCUUCGCCGAGCCUGGUGUUAAUCCUGUUUGUAAGUGAACCGAAACUGCGAUCGAUCCACGGAUUUAGCAGACCGUUUUACCUACGAUAGAAAAUGAAGAUACUGUUGGUCGCCGUUGCGUUGCUCGUAGCCAUCGAGGGGUGGACUGAAGCUAAACCAGGCUGGGCGGCUUAUCCUGGCUUCCAAAAUACAAGAGGAAACUUUAAUGGCCGUGGUCCACCUUGGGCACAACCACAAUCGAUGGAAAAUCAGAACAAUAGAUUCACGAUCAAUUCCGACGUCGAGUGGAUAUGCCAAAAUCCAAGGACGAACGACAUAAUGAUUAUUGCCCCCGACGACACACGAAAUACGCCGCAACCGCCGCAACAGAAUCCCGAUAGGAGACCGUGGCAAUGGCAUAACGUUCCACCGGGACACCAACAUCAUCCACACGGGAAUCAUUGGACUCACGAUCACGCUCACAAUCAGCCAAUCAUCAUCAUCCAAGAAACUCCGAACACCGAUGAUAAGACUCAAACGCCACUACCAUUUCCAACAACAACGGAAAUUCCUAAUAAUAAUGACAAACAAACGCAACCGCCUUAUAACGGUGGAGAAGGAUCUAUCGACAUUAGAGUUGGAGCAGAAUAAUUAAGCAGAGCAAUGUGUAUUUUUAUACUUAAUUAAGUCAGUUUAAUUAAACAAUAUAUGAUUAUUUAA